GUUAUCACGUGACACUCAAAAUGGCGACUGCAUAAUCUUGUAAUAGAAAAGUGCAAAUUUUAACAAGCAAAUUUCUGAUAAGCGAUGUCUUUGGAUAAGGAUAAUCCAUUAGGAAUAAGUUGGCAUGAUACAGCAUGGAUACCAUUACUUAAUCCAAACAACAUCCUGGAUUAUUUCGGUGAAAGAAGUAACCCAUUCUAUGAUAGAACUUGCAAUAAUGAGAUUAUCAAGAUGCAAAGACUAAGCCAAGAUCAACUCAAUAAUAUGACAGGAUUAGAAUAUAUGUUGUUACAUGUACAGGAGCCAAUUUUGUAUGUUGUUAGGAAGCAACACAGACAUUCUCCACAACAAGUGACACCCUUAGCAGAUUACUAUAUCAUAGCUGGAGUGGUAUACCAAGCACCUGAUUUAGGAUCUGUUAUUAAUUCUAGAUUGCUAAAUACUCUGUUUAAUUUGCAAUCAGCAUUUGUAGAAGCACAGUCAUUUUCAAGAUAUACACCAUCAAAAGGGUAUUGGUGGGAGUUCUCAGACCAAGAAGAUAAAUCAGAGAAAAGUGAUUCUAAAGAAAAGAAGGAAGAACCUAGCUCAGUUUUCCAAAGACAGAGAGUUGAUUUAUUACUUGGAGAACUUGCCAGGAAAUUUCCACCUAAAGUUGUUCCACCAAUACAGCCAGAAGUUAAAGAAGAACCAGUAAAACAGGAACCAGUUAUCAAACAAGAGAUAAAACAAGAGAGACCAGAUGACAAGUCAAAUACUUCUAUAAAACCACCUCCAGACAAAAAACCCAAAUUAAUUAGAUGAUAAACAUAAGACUUGAUCAUACAUCUCAGCAGUUUCUAUUUUGUCAUCACAAUCAGUGUUGAAUUAUGUGCAGUGUUUGCCAUUGCAAAUUGUAUUUAGCUGUUGUCAGAUUGUGCUUUUCUAGUAGGUGCAAUAGAAAGAAGGACAGAAUUGAAGAAAAAUAAAGAUCUGAUUCACUUA